UUUUUUUGCUUUAAUUCUAAUUAGGAAUAAAGAAGAUCUGCACCCUCAUCCUGUAAAAACGAACCAGCGCGCCAGGGAAACAACAUAAAACAACGAGAUUUGAAUGCUUGCUUCUCUCUUGGUUUCCUAUAUUUAACACUUCCAACACUCCGGUGGGUGCUUGUUCUUUUUCUUUCUUCUUCUCUUUUGGGUUUCGUUUGAUUACGUUGUUAAUGGAUGCUUUAUAACUCCACGGAUUCAAGAAGGGGCAGAAACUCUGACGUUAACCUUUUCUUCUUCUUCUUCUUCUUAUUUUGAGAGACCAGCACCGUUAUUCAUUGCUGAUAUGAUCCUUUUCAAGCAACUGCUGCCCACCAAACGUGGGCUAGGUGGUGCCUUGAACCACUUCAGAGGAUCUUCCUUUCGCUUUUUCAGUUCAUCCCCAGAAACAUUUGUGGAAAUUCAUUCACAAGAGCAGGAAGUAGUGAUUGCUUUAGGAAGCAACGUGGGCAACAGACUUCAUAAUUUUAAUGAAGCCUUGCGACUGAUGAAGAAAUCUGGAAUAAACAUCACUAGACAUGCCUGUUUAUAUGAGACAGCGCCUGCCUAUGUCACUGAUCAGCCUCAGUUCCUUAACUCUGCGGUUAGAGGUGUUACGAAACUUUGGCCACAUGAGUUGUUGGGAGUGCUUAAGAAAAUCGAAAAGGAUAUGGGUCGUGCUGCGGGGAUAAGGUAUGGACCAAGACCGAUUGAUUUGGAUAUAUUGUUUUACGGAAAGUUCAGGGUUAGUUCUGAUAUACUUACUGUUCCUCAUGAGAGAAUUUGGGAGAGACCAUUUGUAAUGGCCCCGUUGAUGGAUUUACUGGGAGCAGAUGUAGAAAAUGAUACAGUUGCAUGCUGGCAUUCUUUGUCAAUACAUUCUGGUGGUCUCUUUGAAUCAUGGGAGAAACUGGGUGGCGACUGUAUAAUUGGAAAGGAUGGGAUGAAAAGAGUCCUGCCCAUUGGAAAUGAUUUGUGGGAUUGGUCCCUGAAAACUUCUGUGAUGGGUAUACUUAAUUUGACCCCAGAUAGUUUUAGUGAUGGAGGAAAGUUUCAGUCUGUGGAGGCUGCGGUUUCUCGAGUCCGCUUGAUGAUUUCAGAAGGAGCAGAUAUGAUUGAUUUGGGUGCGCAAUCAACAAGACCAAUGGCUUCGAGGAUAUCCGCUCAGGAGGAAUUAGAUAGACUAAUCCCUGUCUUAGAAGCCAUUCUAAAGAUGCCUGAGAUGAACAGAAAGCUCAUAUCUGUCGAUACUUUUUACUCAGAAGUUGCUUCAGAAGCAGUCAGCAAGGGGGCUCAUAUAGUAAAUGAUGUGUCUGGUGGACAGUUAGACCCUAACAUGACUAAGGUUGUUGCUGGCCUUGAGGUUCCGUAUGUUGCCAUGCACAUGAGAGGAGACCCAGCUACGAUGCAGAGUAGCGAGAACCUGCAGUAUGAUGAUGUUUGUAAGCAGGUUGCCUCUGAGUUGUAUUCACGGGUUAAAGAUGCAGAAUUAUCUGGUAUACCUGUCUGGAGGAUUAUUAUUGAUCCCGGGCUUGGAUUUUCAAAGAAAACCGAACAUAAUUUGGAACUUCUCGUGGGGCUGCCAUCCAUUAGAGCAGAGAUUGCAAGGAAAAGCUUGGCUAUGUCUCAUUCUCCUGUCUUGUUAGGAUCUUCUAGAAAGAAAUUUUUAGGUGAAACUUGCACUCGUCCCACUGCAAGCGAGAGAGAUCCUGCAACAGUAGCUUCAGUCACUGCUGGGGUUUUGGGAGGUGCAAACAUUGUAAGAGUACAUAAUGUUAGAGAUAAUCUAGAUGCUGUUAAGCUCUGCGAUGCAAUGCUAAAGUACAAGAGAUCUCUUGCGUAAUCUUGCAAAAUUGGAAUACCUUUUGAUACGGCUCAUGGGGGGAACUGUAUAAAUCGAGCAAACCAGAUUGGUGUUUCAUUAUGCCAACUAUAUGUUUUCAAGAGAGCAGAAGACUACCAUGCCAAAGCAGAGGUCAAAUUGUAGAAUUUUUCUAAUGGAUAUCUAGUAGUCUAAAUUUUCUUUGCAGCCUGGUUUCA